GGCCGGAAGCCGGAAGCCGGAAGCGGGGGGGUCUGUGAGGACGUGUUCUAGGAAAUUCAGAGCCGAAGCCGGCCGAGCCGGCGCCAUGGAGCCGCUGUAUCAGCAAACGCACAAGCAGGUUCACGAGAUCCAGUCUCACAUGGGACGCCUGGAGACAGCAGACAAGCAGUCUCUGCAUUUAGUAGAAAACGAAAUCCAAGCAAGAAUAGACCAGAUAUUUAGCCAUCUAGAACGUCUGGAGAUUUUGUGCAGCAAAGAACCCACUAACAAAAGGCAGAGUGCCAAACUCCGUGUUGACCAGUUAAAGUAUGAUGUCCAGCACCUGCAGAGUGCUCUCAGAAACUUCCAGCACAAGCGCUAUGCAAGGGAGCAGCAGGAGAGACAGCGAGAGGAGCUUCUGGCUCGCACCUUCACCACUAAUGACUCUGACACCACCAUACCAAUGGAUGAAUCACUGCAGUUUAACUCCUCCCUCCAGGAAAUCCACCACGGCAUGGAUAACCUCAUUGGAGGCGGGCACAGUAUCCUGGAGGGACUGAGGGCCCAGAGACUGACCUUGAAGGGGACUCAGAAGAAGAUCCUUGACAUUGCUAACAUGCUGGGCUUAUCCAACACGGUGAUGCGGCUCAUCGAGAAGCGGGCUUUCCAGGACAAGUACUUCCUGAUCGGUGGGAUGCUGCUCACCUGUGUGAUCAUGUUCCUCGUGGUGCAGUACCUGACGUGAGCCAGCCACGAUCCUGCUGCUGAGCACCGUGCCCACCAUGUGAGAGUGUGUGUGAGCGUGUGUGCAUGAAAGGGGGAGAGAAGCCAAGGAAGUGUAUACUCAUCUUAACUGUGAAGAACUUGGGAGGCACUGUGAUCUGUAACCUCAUGGGAGUUUCAAGCCUGCUCUGUUUUCUGUGACUCUUGGAGGGGGAGCAAGUGCUGCUAAGAUGGGCAGUGCUUAGGGAGUGAAAGAAGUGCCUGUUUCUCCCCUUUCUCUUUCUCACUCUCGUUGGAGGAGGAAGACAUGUAAUGGUGAGGGUUGAAGAAGGAAGUGGGAAGUGAAGAAUGGCUUCUGUGGAUUUGUCCAUGGAACUGAUGUGCCCCUGGGUGAGCCUUGCCAACAGGAUGGUCCACACUGCGUCAUCAUCCAGCCUUUUCUGGUUCCUGAUGAAUAGACUGGAGCAGAGUGAAGAGGAGGAGGAGAAGGAAAGAGGCCUUCCUUUCCUGCACCCAUUGUAGUAGAUCCAUUCACACACUAUUGCACAUAGCCACCCGCUCCAUAAAGGAAAAUGGCACGUAGAUGACUAACUGCUCAUAUUUGUCAUCCUUCCCUGGAAGCAGCUACCUAGGGGAAACAGAGACGUUGAAACUGUUGCUGAUAACAAGUAAGAUUUUCCACAUUAAAGCUUCUGGGUGUUUUUCCUUUCUAAAGUGAGGCCAGUGUUACUCCCUGAGAGUGUUCAGUCUUGAGGUUGAAGAUGCUGGUCACUGAUUUUUUUCUAGGAGCUAGUAGAACAGUUGGCUUUUAAGAUUCAGCAUAUAUAGCCAUGCCCAGGCUUUGGGGGCCUUUGCCCAUGAGGGGGUAGCUGGGAGCCUUAUGAUUUGUCAGUUACUCUCUCAUCUCUAGUUUUAGCAUCUCUUAAUUCUUCAGCUCUUUUCUCUUCCUUGAAAUACAGGCACCUGCCAGCCAGGCCCCCUUCCCGCCGGCCAGUGUGGGCAGGUGCCAUGCUGGAGACGUUCCUAGUGUAAAUGUCUCUGUGAGGCCCAGUUUUCAGGGACCAGGACCUUUUUCCUUCUCUGACCACUGCUGGAUUAAAGCUGUACCAAUACCCUGUGCAUUGUGGAAUUUAUCAUACAGCCAGUCUGCCUUGAAGUCUGUCUAAUGUGAUAAGCCACUAAAAGUACAGGAAAGACGUGCUUAUGAUUUUUCACCCAUCGCAGGCCCUGCAAGCCCUCUCUUCUAGGCUUGGCAAGACAUAAAAUAAUGUUCAAAAUUCCCCAGAAGCACUGGACACCUGGUCAGUAUUAACUCUGCCCUUGGUUGUCUUAACACCCCACCCCCACCCCCCCGCUUCCCAUCUUUGUUUCUUGUGGCUGGAACUAUCUCCUGUUUCAGCUCCCUUCUCUUCUGUGUGUAUUCAGUUCCACUCCCUUAUUUCAUCUCCCACCUGUCUCAGUAGCCAUGUUCAUCUCUUCAGCUGCAUCUUGGGCAUAGCUCCCUUUUUGGUGAACUUCUCUUAAUUGUCACAGAUUUUUAGCAUGACCUUCUUGGGUACUGAGUUCACACUUCUGGUCAGAUAUGAUCUCGAUGUUCAGGGCCCUAUGGUCUAACCAUGGGCCCACGGUUUCCAAGAAAGGGGGGAUCUGUGGCCCCUUCAUAAAAGGGUUGAGGGCCUUGCUAGAGUGAAACUGGUGACCUGAAGGGUGGACACGGGUGGAGGCAUCUUCAGACCUAGAUCUAACUGUGAGGAAGCCCGGUUUGGAAUUCCUUCCUGUCCAGCACCCCUCCCAUCCUGGGGACCUAGUACAGGGCUCUGGCAGGCCAUAAAAUGGAUUUUUAAACUGUGCAGAUCUGGGUGUCCUGUCCCCUGGGCACAUGUGGAUCCCACUGGACAGCGAACUUUGGAGGAAGUUGUGCAAGGACGCAGCUAAGCCAACUGGGACUUGAACUCUGGGAGGUGGAGACCUCGCCUCCCUGCCCUCCAAUGGCUGAUGCGACAUGUUUCUGCAGUAUACACCUGUAUAUUUCCACUUGCCUCUGUGAGGAUCACUGGCCUUGAUGAACCAGAAGUGAGGCCUGCCUCUGUGUAGCACUUUCAGAGCUGGUUCUCCCUACUUUGUAAUAAAAAUUGUGUAGGCAGCUUGUGGGUCUUUAUUACCCAGGGCUGGGGGACAGCAGCCACAGUGUGCCAGGAAACCCAGGGCACUGAGGCUGGGUGUCAUCUUGUGACUCCCUUCUCUCACACUUGUGCUUUCAGUGCCUCCUGAGAAUCUGGGAGUCCUGCUGCCUCCACAGCUCCCAGGGUGGAGGGAAGGGCCCUGGGCUAGGGAAGGAGCGCCCUCUAGUGGAGGCGAGAAUGAUCCUUGGGUGGAGCUGGUGCAAGAAACUCCAGUAGAAAGUCUGAACCACCCUGUUCAGGAUUUUGUUGGCCUCGUGGUUUAAAACAGGGGGGUUGUCAAGAGGAACUUGGGAAUAUUUUUGUCACAUGGAGGUUUACUCCAGGUAGGACCAAAAAGCUAAACUCAAAGACCCAGUAAGUAGGAGAGCUUUGAUGUUAUAGAAGGCUUUUGUUGCCUGCUGGGGUUUUUCCUGAGCCAGGUGCCCUAAUGAAUUUAAAUAGGCUUGGUUUGCAAAUUUGCUUUUACACUCAUUAUUUUUUAAGGGCAGCAGUUGAAUAAAGUUGAGAUUUAUUUUAUGUAGAAAAUAAUAUUUUGUAAAGGCAUUUGACAUUUUCUGUUAUAACUAAUGGCCCCUUUUUUAUGUUCCACACAAGAAAUUCUCAAACACUUGCUUCAUGUCCAGGGUCUGGGCUGGCUGCCUCAGAAGCAGCUGGGGAACUUUUUAAGAUUACAAACUCCUGUGACCUAUCCUAGACCUUCUGAUUUAGAAUAUCUAGAGGUGAAACCAUAGAGUAUGGUGGUUUUUUUUUGGGGGGGGGGGGUAUUUUUCCCUUGAAGUAGUUAUGUGUGUAUUUUGGGACCACUGUCUCCUGGACUUUUGUUUUCAUCAAAGAUUUCAAAAUAUAUGUUGAACUAGCUCUGCAUAUAUUUGUGAAGAGCAAAACUUGUCAAGUCCAAAAUAAAGUGUUAUUUCUUCAUAUCCUA